AUGCCGUGUCCUCCGACCUCCUUUGAGUUUGUUGAUACAACGGCAGCUCUGGCGCGAAUUGUUGAUGCGCUCAGCGGGGCCGUUACCAGCCCACCAUCACUCUAUGUGGACCUAGAAGGAGAGUACCUUGGUCGGUUAGGCACGAUAUCAAUCAUUCAAAUCUACCUAUCGAGCCGACAGCAAACAUACCUCAUCGAUGUGCAAACGCUUGGUGCCGCUUCUUUCUCGGAACCGGGAACAAACGGCACGACAUUGAAGACUAUCCUCGAGUCGGCAAGCAUCACAAAGGUCUUUUUCGACGUCAGAAACGAUUCCAAUGCCCUCUUCUCCCACUUCAACAUUGACCUCAAGGGGGUUGAAGAUUUGCAGCUCAUGGAGCUUGCAAGUCGGAAAUCCAACAAGAGGCUUCUUUAUGGGCUGAAGAAGUGCAUCGAAUCAGAUGCUCCGAUGACUCCCGGCGAACUACUGGAAUGGGGUCGGGUUAAGCAGCAAGGACUCAAGCUCUUCUCCCCGGAUUCGGGAGGGAGUUAUGCAGUGUUCAGCCAGCGACCCUUGCCUCGAGACAUAUUGUCAUACUGCGUUCAGGAUGUGCAGUACCUUCCCCGCCUUUGGAAGACCUACAAUGAGAAGCUCACGCCGGCCUGGAAAUUGAAGGUUCUUCAAGCUUCACAGCAUAGGGUCAUUCAAUCCCAGGCUGCUGACUACAACGGGAAAGGAAGACAUAUGGCUAUGGCCCCGAAGGAUUGGAUUUCAUAA